CUAUCUCCUGUGAACUACAGGACACCUCCAUAUGUAAAGGAGAUGAGGUUUACACUGUGGAUGUUCCAGUACCCAGACGAUCUUCUUUACCAAGUGGUUCUACAGCACACCCUUCUGCGGGCCAAUAUACACAUGUUCAGGCAUGUAUUGCAGCUGAAUUUAACCAGACCCUUGCAAAACUAGGAGAUGACUUCAGCGUUACAAAGAUGUUAAAGCAGGAAAAGGAUGCCGUUUCUGAUGAUUUAUCUGAACUGCUGUCACAGUCUGCCCUUGGAAUGAGUGCUACCCGUAGGAAGCCAAUAAAAGGUGCAGCUGGUCGCCCCAUCCAGUUCCAGUAUGAUGACAUUGUCAAAAGAGCCAGGAUGAAAGAACAGGCAAAAGAAACAUUGGAAGAAAAAAAGUCACAACGCUUGGUCUCUGUUCCUCUUCAGAUUACUAUUUUUGUUUUAGUAGCUUUUAUUGUCCUAGUCUUCCUCUCCAUGGAAAGCAGCCCCCAAAAUCCAUUUGAGCCCCCCACAGAAAAAGAAACAAAGUUACAGCAACCUUAGAAACUAUAGUAAAAGGAGCUAAGUCAAUUUCCUGGCCACGAUCCAAAUAGCCGAAAUUAAGUGUACCAAAAGUUGCAGUACUCGUGCUAAUAUAUGGAAUUGCUCAUGUGGAAAUGGGUUACCUAGGUAACCUUUUGGAAUUAAUGGUUAAAUGCAACUUCUUUGGCUGUUUCCUAGAGAUAAUUACAUGGUUCUGCUACUUGCAAUACACCCUCCUUUGUUCAUCAUUGUUUAUGUUGGGCACAGGUGCAGUAUGGUGCUUAUAUUCUUAGACUGAACAUACUAUAGGUCAUCCUAUAUGGUCAGUGUUUAUCCUGGUAAUCAUAC